AUGUCGGCUGUGAAGGCGCUCAACCCCAAAGCCAAGGUGGCCCGAGCCCAGGCGGCGCUGGCCGUGAACAUCAGUGCUGCCUGAGGGCUGCAGGACGUGCUGAGGACCAACCUGGGGCCUAAGGGCACCAUGAAGAUGCUCGUAUCUGGCGCCGGAGACAUCAAGCUCACUAAGGAUGGCAAUGUGCUGUUACACGAGAUGCAAAUUCAACACCCAACAGCCUCCUUGAUAGCCAAAGUAGCUACAGCUCAGGAUGACAUUACUGGUGAUGGCACUACUUCAAAUGUUCUCAUCAUUGGAGAGCUGCUGAAACAGGCUGAUCUCUACAUCUCUGAAGGUCUACACCCCCGGAUUAUAACCGAAGGGUUUGAAGCUGCCAAGACAAAGGCACUUGAAGUCUUGGAACAAGUCAAAAUCAGCAAGGAAAUAGAUAGAGAAAUUCUCAUAGAUGUGGCCCGAACAUCCCUGCGCACCAAAGUCAAUGCUGACCUGGCUGACGUGCUGACUGAGGCAGUAGUAGACUCAAUUUUGACUGUCAGAAAACCUGGUGAACCUGUUGAUCUUUUCAUGGUAGAGUUCAUGGAGAUGAAGCAUAAAUCAGAAACUGACACAUCGUUGAUUAGAGGACUGGUUUUGGACCAUGGUGCCCGACACCCUGAUAUGAAGAAAAGAGUAGAAGACGCUUAUAUCCUUACGUGCAAUGUGCCAUUAGAAUAUGAAAACACAGAAGUGAAUUCUGGAUUUUUUUACAAGAGUGCAGAGGAGAGAGAAAAGCUAGUAAAAGCAGAAAGGAAAUUCAUUGAAGAUAGAGUAAAGAAAAUAGUAGAACUGAAAAGAAAAGUAUGCGGUGAUUCAGACAAAGGAUUUGUUGUUAUUAAUCAAAAGGGAAUUGACCCGUUUUCUCUAGAUGCUCUUGCAAAAGAAGGUAUAGUAGCCCUCCGCAGAGCAAAAAGAAGAAAUAUGGAAAGAUUGACUCUUGCAUGUGGUGGGAUGGCUAUGAAUUCUCUUGAAGAGCUAAGUCCUGACUGUUUGGGACAUGCAGGACUGGUCUAUGAAUAUACCCUGGGAGAAGAAAAAUUCACCUUCAUUGAGAAAUGGGUCAACCCUCGAUCUGUCACGUUGUUGAUCAAAGGACCAAAUAAGCACACCCUUACCCAGAUCAAGGAUGCUGUAAGAGAUGGUCUGCGUGCUGUCAAGAAUGCUAUUGAAGAUGGCUGUGUAGUUCCUGGUGCAGGUGCAGUGGAAGUGGCCAUAGCCGAAGCUCUCAUUAAACAUAAGCCCAAUGUCAAGGGAAGGGCCCGUCUUGGAGUCCAAGCUUUUGCUGACGCUUUGCUCAUUAUUCCCAAGGUUCUUGCCCAGAACUCUGGUUUUGACCUUCAGGAAACAUUAGUUAAGGUACAGGCUGAACAUGCAGAAUCUGGACAACUUGUUGGUGUCGAUUUGAAGACAGGUGAGCCCAUUAUUGCGGCUGAAGCUGGCAUUUGGGAUAACUAUUGUGUCAAGAAGCAGCUCCUUCACUCCUGCACUGUAAUUGCCACCAAUAUUCUCCUGGUUGAUGAGAUCAUGCGUGCUGGAAUGUCAUCUCUGAAAGGUUGAAUUGGAUCCUAGGUUUCCAUUGUAAUCAGCUGAAUCAUGAUGGUCCCACAGGAAGAACCGCAAAGUGUAUGUCUGGUGGCGGCCUUUAUUCCCAGCCAUCAAAGGAUUUUCCAAAGAAUAAUUGUUUUUCUUAUUGUUGCAGUAAACAUGGCCUCUACGACUGAAAUUAUUGGCCCCCAUUUAAAA